AUGGAAGGCAACGUGAGAUACUCCCCUCAAGUUUCCAGUUGUUCUAUCAAAGUCAGGCUUGUUCUGAGCUCCAUCGGAGUCGCUGUCGGCCUCAUUGUCUUCUUCUUCUUCUCCUUCCAUUAUAGGAAUUACAAUGCUGGCUUGUGGGGUCUUGUAUCAGGUUUGGCUGCAGGUCUAGCACUUGGGGUGACAAUAGCUUACAGUAAACAUGUCUGGGAUGGCAACCCACGGCAGUUAAAGAAUUUCAUGUUGACGGGAUGUUUCAUACAGUUAGCGGGGAUAUGUGGCUUUGUGGCCUAUCUUGUACUGGCCAUAUCCAAAAAUCAAGAUUUGAUAGAAUAUGGGGACGGCUAUUAUCUGACGACUGUCUGGUGCUUCAUGACCUGGAAGUGGGGGUUUGCCCUGCUGAUGUACUCAAGAACCUUCCUUCGUUCAUACCAGGAGAAAGAGUCUCUCAUCCAGGGAGAGGAAGCUUUUGGAAAUAAGUCAGCAUAUGAUUCUGUUGGUGAUAAACAGUGA